UCUGUCCGGCUCGGAGCUGCCCGGAGCCCCGGCGGCCGCUCCGGCCCGCGGCGCAGAUGGCUGUGCGCGGCGCCAAUACCUUGACGUCCUUCUCCAUCCAGGCGAUCCUCAACAAGAAAGAGGAGCGCGGCGGGCUGGCCGCGUCCGAGGGGCGCGGGGCGCCCGGGAGCACGGCGGUGGUGGUGGCCGCGGCGCCCGCUGUCUGCUGCUGGCGGCUCUUUGGGGAUACGGACCCGGGCGCUCUUGGGGGCGCCGAGGACUCAACGCUGGCGUCUCCUGCCCGGAGCAGAACAGCUGCGGGGCGGACUGCGGAGAGCCCGGGAGGCUGGGACUCGGACUCCGCGCUCAGCGAGGAGAACGAGGGCAGGCGGCGCUGCGCGGACGCGCCGGGGGCCAGCGGGGCCGGCCGCGCGGGGGGAACCCUGGGCCUCGGCCAGCCGGUCUGCGAGCUGAGGGCCGCCAAGGACCUGGAGGAGGAAGCCGCGGGCCGGAGCGACAGCGAGAUGUCGGCCAGCGUCUCAGGUGACCACAGCCCGAGGGCCGAGGACGACAGCGUUGGGCCGGGCGGAGCACGAGUUCCUGAGCUCUGCAGCACAGCAGGCGGCGGAGGCAGCUCCGCGCCGGCUGGCGGCCUGGAGGAGGAGGAGGAGGAACCUGCAGCCCCCAAGCCGCGCAAGAAGCGCUCGCGGGCGGCCUUCUCGCACGCGCAGGUAUUUGAGCUGGAGCGACGAUUUAACCACCAGCGUUACUUGUCCGGGCCGGAACGCGCAGACCUGGCCGCGUCGCUAAAGCUCACCGAGACACAGGUGAAGAUCUGGUUCCAGAACCGUCGUUACAAGACCAAGCGCCGGCAAAUGGCUGCUGACCUGCUGGCCUCGGCCCCCGCUGCCAAAAAGGUGGCCGUCAAGGUGCUGGUGCGCGACGACCAGAGACAGUACCUGCCCGGGGAAGUGCUGCGGCCACCGUCGCUUCUGCCGCUGCAGCCCUCCUACUAUUACCCUUACUACUGCCUCCCGGGAUGGGCGCUCUCCACGUGCGCAGCCACCGCGGGCACCCAGUGAACCCGCCCGGGGAGGCAGCGCAGGAGUCC